GUCUCUCGGCCGGCCGUCAUCAUCAUCUGGGCCUCCUGCUCUCUGUUUGCUCCUUCCUUCGUUCUCCGGCAGGAAGUGUUGUGACUUGCUUGCUUAGGAUUACUAUCGGGAGAGGAAUGCUGGGCUUCCAGAUUUAACUUUCUGGGCGUGGAGGAAAGCUCCAACAUUGGGACCGGGAUUGGCGAGCCGAACGGGUCCGAUCUUCUCCCAAAUCCGGACUGGGCAAGAUCAGGCCCUGAAACGCUAUUGGAGUGGUUUCCUCUCGCCAUCCAGUUUUGCUUCUCUAUGUGUCCGCAGAUGAAGGAUUGAGCCCAAUCAUUGCAGUACAAACAGAGAGGUCCUGCAAAAAAAUGGCCAGCGUUACCCAGAUAUCCAAAGACGAACUGGAGGAACUCAGGGAGGCUUUUGCCAAAGUUGAUCUCAACAGCAAUGGAUUUAUCUGCAACUAUGAGCUGCAUGAACUGUUCAAGGAAGCCAAUCUUCCACUCCCCGGAUACAAAGUGAGGGAGAUCAUCCAAAAGCUCAUGAUCGACGGGGACAAGAACAAAGAUGGGAAGAUCAACUUCGAAGAGUUUGUCUACAUCUUUCAAGAGGUGAAAAGCAGCGACAUCGCCAAAACCUUCAGGAAAGCCAUUAACCGAAAAGAAGGCAUUUGUGCCAUUGGCGGGACGUCCGAACUCUCCAGUGAGGGAACCCAACACUCCUAUUCAGAGGAAGAAAAAUAUGCCUUUGUGAACUGGAUCAACAAAGCCCUGGAAAACGACCCAGAUUGUAGACAUGUCAUUCCGAUGAACCCAAAUACGGAUGAUCUCUUCAAAGCCGUCGGCGAUGGGAUUGUUCUCUGUAAAAUGGUCAACCUUUCUGUCCCCGACACAAUUGACGAGAGAGUGAUCAACAAGAAGAAGCUCACACCGUUCAUCAUUCAGGAAAACCUGAACUUGGCCCUGAACUCGGCCUCGGCCAUUGGGUGCCAUGUGGUCAAUAUCGGGGCUGAGGAUCUGCGGGAAGGGAAGCCGCACUUGGUUCUGGGGCUCCUCUGGCAGAUCAUCAAGAUCGGCUUGUUUGCUGACAUCGAAAUCAGCCGAAAUGAAGCUUUGGCCGCUCUGCUUCGAGAUGGAGAGACCUUGGAGGACCUCAUGAAGCUGUCUCCCGAAGAGCUGCUCCUGCGUUGGGCCAAUUUCCACUUGGAAAACGCCGGGUGGCACAAGAUCAACAACUUCAGCUCCGAGAUCAAGCUUACUGACUUCAAUAUCUCUGUAAAGGACUCCAGGGCCUAUUUCCACCUCCUCAACCAAAUUGCACCCAAAGGACAAAAAGAAGGAGAGCCGCAGAUUGAUAUCAACAUGUCCGGCUUCAAUGAGAAAGACGACUUGAAGAGAGCUGAGUGCAUGCUCCAGCAAGCGGACCGCCUGGGCUGCCGGCAGUUUGUGACCCCAGCAGACGUGGUGAGCGGCAACCCCAAGCUGAACCUGGCCUUCGUGGCCAACCUCUUCAACAAGUACCCGGCCCUCACCAAGCCAGAAAACCAGGACAUUGACUGGACGCUACUGGAAGGUGAGACCCGUGAAGAGAGGACGUUCCGCAACUGGAUGAACUCUCUCGGAGUGAACCCUCAUGUCAACCAUCUCUAUGGAGACCUGCAGGACGCCAUGGUCAUCUUGCAACUCUACGAAAAGAUCAAAGUCCCUGUUGACUGGAAUAAAGUCAACCGGCCACCUUACCCUAAACUGGGGGCAAACAUGAAGAAGCUCGAAAACUGCAACUACGCCGUCGAAUUGGGGAAGCAUCCAGCCAAGUUCUCCCUGGUUGGCAUUGGAGGCCAAGAUCUCAACGAUGGCAACCCAACACUCACCUUGGCUUUGGUGUGGCAGCUGAUGAGGAGAUAUACCGUAGACGUCUUGAAAGACCUUGGGGACGGUCAGAAAGUCAAUGACGAAAUUAUUGUGAACUGGGUGAACCAGACCUUGAGAGACGCUGGGAAAUCCAGCUCCAUCCAGAGCUUUAAGGACAAAAGUAUUAGCAGCAGUUUGGCGGUGGUGGAUUUAAUUGAUGCUAUCCAGCCCGGCUGCAUAAAUUAUGACCUGGUGAAGACAGGAGAUCUAUCAGAAGAAGACAAGCACAGCAACGCCAAGUAUGCCGUGUCAAUGGCUCGGAGGAUCGGAGCCCGGGUGUAUGCUCUUCCUGACGACCUGGUGGAAGUGAAGCCCAAGAUGGUCAUGACCGUCUUUGCCUGCUUGAUGGGCCGCGGAAUGAAGCGGGCCUAAGGAGCAAGUGCCGAACCAAAGUCACCCAAACCCACCUCCCCAGUUCAGCUGUUUUCGGGACCGAAAUGUUGCCGGCUUCCAGGACUUUGUUGUUGCGUCUUUGUUUGUUUGAGAAGGACUCUUUGUUUGGCUUUGCAAAGUGGGAGUGCGGUGGGAACCCCUAAACCCAACCCAGUCCCAGAAAUUUUCCCAGUCCCAGAAAUUUUAAAAUAGGGGGUUUCCUCAAGUGCAUUUCUGUGUCUCCCAAGAGGAGACUGCUGCUGGCAUCUUUGUCGCCUUUCCAGGACACAUCUCAUUCCUUUGCCUUAACCAAAUCCCCACCCCAACCCCCAAAAAGGCCCUUUUUAAUUAUUUGUGCUGGUCCACAUCAUAAUUGAACUCAAGCUACUUCCACUGCAGUCUCCAAAGCUAUGCAGAUGCAAUAUGUAGUAAACCAAAAAGGAACAUCUUGGCUAUAAAGAAAAAGGCUACAUUUUUCAGCAAAUAUAAUACAUGGCGCAAACUAGGCA